GGAAGCGAGAGAGAGGACCAGAGUGUGAAAGUGAGGCAGGCAGGCAGUUGCAGUAGUUGGAAGCGAGAGCGAGAAAGAGAAACAUGCUCAGAGAAGUGAGUCUGGCAUCGUGAAUCCUUUUGGAGAAAAGUUGUUUUGAAAAGUGCUCGUUUGUUUGACUGAAUCGUCAAAAGGCCUUCAUGUGUGUGCAUCCGUCCGUCCUGCACCACCUGCCUUACAGUCGAAGGCCGUUUGAGCAGCCACAUUAUUACGCAAGGUGCUAUGCUGGAGCUGGGAACUGCCGUCCCGGUGCACCCAUAGCCGAGCAGAGACGGGGAGGUGAGAGGGAGGAAGGAGGGUGCUGUGGUUCGGAACCUCGUCAGCCCGGCUCUGCUUCACCGACGACUGGAUGGGGGUUCUGGUGUGCUGCGACUGCUUCUUCUAUAGUUACUUGCCGCAAAGUCCAAGUGAAAAUGAGAGGGUUCUUGGCUGCUGCUGUUAAAACAGCUUCGUUCGGUCCAGGAGCUGGAGCUGGUGUUUGGAGAGAGGAGGCUUGAGGACAGGAGAUGGGCGGGAGGAAGUCGAAGACGAAGCCAAAUGGAAAGAAGCCUCCGGCAGAAGAGAAGAAGCAGUACCUUGAGACAGAGUUCACGAAAAUCCGUGUGGUGGACUUUGACCUCAAGGAGCUGGUGGUGCUGCCAAGAGAGAUAGACCUCAACGAAUGGCUAGCCAGCAACACGACAACUUUCUUCAACCUUAUCAACCUGCAGUACAGCACCAUCUCAGAGUUCUGCACUGGGGAUACCUGUCAAGCCAUGACGGCCUGCAACACAAUAUACUACUGGUAUGACGAGAGGGGGAAGAAGACGAAGUGCACUGCUCCACAAUAUGUCGACUUCGUAAUGAGUCUUUGUCAGAAACUGGUCACAGACGAGGAAAUCUUUCCUACAAAAUAUGGCAAAGAGUUCCCCAACUCCUUUGAGUCCUUGGUGAAGAAGAUCUGCCGGUACCUGUACCACGUGCUGGCUCACCUCUACUGGGCGCACUUUAAAGAGACGGUGGCCCUGGACCUGCAGGGCCACUUGAACACUCUGUAUGCACAUUUCAUCGUUUUCGUAAGGGAAUUCAACCUGGUCGACCCCAAGGAGACCUGUAUCAUGGACGACCUGUCCGAAAUCCUCUGUGCGCCCGCCCCGCCGCCUGCGCCCGCCCCGGCCCCCUCCAGCCCAACCUCAACGCCCGCCCCUUCCUCACAAAACCACGUGACAGAGAGAUGAGCAGGGAGGAGGCGGCGGUGAGACGACAGCCCCGGGGUGAUAGAAGAUAGAGGAGAGAAGGAAACAGUCUGGCCCCCCUCCUCGGUGCCAGCAGGACUUAAGAGACCUUCCACUACCCUUAUAUUUCGCUAUGACAUCUACCAACCAGCUGCAAGGAAGGGGGGAGGGUUUCCGGGGAGGGGGGAGUUUGGGGUGGCGGGGAGGGGUUUGUCACGCCAACAGGAAUUGGCGUGAGCGUUCCUCCCAGGGGCAAACCCCUCCCAUCUUCUCUGCAAUUUAAAAUAGGAACAAAAAGUAUGUGUAUGUUAUUUUUUUUGUUUUUAUUUUAUUUUAAUUUCAUUUUUUUCAAGUUUUAUUUUGUGUUGUGGGGGAGGGUGGAGGGGGAGGUGCGUCUGUUGGCCCUUCACGUCCCCUCUGUCCUCUGCCUGACAUACAGUACAGGAAGGGGGCUCUGCUUUGCUUUGACCUACUAUUGUACAGUGCUGAUGUGUGGAGAAGAGGAGUCUCUGCUCACCCAUGGCCACUGCGCUGGCCGGUAGGGAGCCAUGUUACUGCCUGAUGGGGCGAUACUAGCCAAUCACUGUUUGGGUUGUUUGUGCCGGGGAUGAUUAAAGCGCUUCCUACUCAGGACCUGAGAGAAUACGUCACUGCUGCCAGAGAGAAGUUGCUCUCUUUCUCUUUUUGUUGUUUUUGUUUCAAUUCUCUGUCCCUCGUUCUCCAGACUCCUCUGUAAGACAAAUCGUGUUUAACCACAGUCACAUAAUAGCACCUGGUUUAUUUCCCCCCCCACCCCCCAACAAUGGUGUGUCCCUCAGCCUACCUGUAGAGGGCAGCAAACUCAUAGAGAAAAACCACAGAAACAGGGAAACGGAGAAGAAAAUAUUAAGAUUGUAUGAUAGAUUUCUGAUCUGAUCAGAGUGAGAAAGCUUUGUGAGACAGACUGGUGCCCGUCUGCAGCCGAGUCAGAGCCGUUUCAUGGCGUUUCGCUCAGCAGCCGCCGCCGCUUAAAAACGCCACCGCUACCACACACUGCAGCAGCACAGGAGGACAAAGACAUGAGGUAAUGUCUGCAGGCCCACAGAGGGGGAGAGGGGUGAGAGUGAUGGGAGUGGAGCUGCUCUGCUGUUUAACAGACACCAGUGCUCACGGUGUAAAACUUUUUUUUUUUUUACCUGUCCCUUUAAAUUUGCUGUUAAGAUUAUCAGAGGAGAAUUAGGUCAGAAAUAAUAACAAUAAAGAAGUCAUUACACAUGUAUAGAAAAACGCACAGUCUGCUUGGACUUUACUGUACAAAGAAUCGCAAGCGGGUUCUGUCGAACAUAGCCUCUGUAUGGAGGAGGAUGGGUUUAUAAUUCUCCUUUUUUAUUUAUUUUAAUUCUUUUUUUUGCAGGGUUCUUCAGUUCUGGCUCUCGUUUUUAUGUAUUUUAAUUAUUAACUAAGUUAAAAGCGAUUUAAUAUUUUAAGCUCUGCGGAUUAUAAUCUAAUAAAAGAGAGAAAUGCC